AUGCCGCGAUUCAUUGAAAUCAAGAUAUGUGCAAGUCCUUCAUCUAUUCAUGAACAACAAACAAUAAAAGAUAUUGGAAAUCAUGGACAAUGGUAUUGUCAACAUUGUGACAAAUUAAGGCAUGCUAAGAAAAAGAUCUAUUUGCUCGAAGUGCCUUCUGUACUCAUCCUUCAAUUGAAACGUUUUAAUAAUGAUCUUCGAUCGUUUUCAAAAAUUGAUACUUUAAUCGAAUAUGAUCUGGAUGAUCUUGAUUUAAACACUUAUGUUGUUCCAUCACGUCAAGAUAAAAGUAUUCGAUACAAGUUGACUGCUGUUUCUAAUCAUUGGGGUAGGUUCAUUGAUGGUGGACACUUUGCGACUUAUGCUAAACUUCCGACAACUCAAGAUUGGUACAAAUAUAAUGAUGAUCGAGUUGGUAAAAUGGAUAAAAGUAUACAUGUAAACAAUUACAGUGCAUACACUCUUGUUUAUCAACAAGAAAAAAAAGAUUUAAUAAUCGAUACUGCUGUAUAA